GUGACGGGAGAGCUCGUGCUGCUGCAGGGCUAAAUAAGCAGUUAACGGUAAGUUCAGUUAGAGCGGUCUCGUGCUAACUCUUACCGUUUGUACGGGAGAGUGGUUAUCGCAGUUAUUAGGGUUUUUUUUUAGUUUUCAGGAGAAGACAGAACGAAAGUAGAGGAAAGUUUGGAUCGACGUUUUGCCAGGAGUGAACUGCAUGCUUGUAGCCUCCGGUUACCGUGCGCGCGGGACUGACAGCCAAAAAUAUCAGCGCGUGGUUUAUUUACAUUAAAAAGGGCUACAAAGUGGUUGUUCUGUUGGUGCUCACGCGCGACAAGAAGGCGCUUUAACUUUGGAUUAUUUUGUUGCUUGGAUUUUUUUUAUUUUUUGGGGGGAUACUUGUCCUGGCAGUAAAUCCUGAACACACCAAACUUCAUUUGCCUGGAAAGAUGUGAGCCUGAGAUUUUAUCAGCAUUAAGGAAGAAAUUCGUGAAUUUUCUCUACACUUGAUUCAAGAAACCUAAGGUCUUUCCUACAGACAUCAUGGAGCUUCUGUGGAUUGUUCUUGCUCUUUUUGAUGUUAUUUACAUGACAAAUUGUGCUCGGGGUCCGCCUCGUGUUUCAGAGAAGGUGGUGCAUAGACAAACGGUGCGGAUCGGACGCACCAUGAAGCUCCAGUGUCCAGUUGAGGGUGACCCGCCGCCCCUCAUCAUGUGGAGCAAAGAUGGUCGCAACAUCCACAGCGGAUGGAUGCGCUUCAGGGUCACACAUCAAGCACUGCGCAUAAAAGAAGUAGAGGCUGAGGAUGCUGGUACUUUCAACUGUAAAGCCACCAACGGUUUCGGCAGCGUCAACAUCAACUACACACUAAUUGUGAUCGAUGACUCGAGCACGGGGAAGGACGGUGCCAGACCAGCUGGAGAUGCAGAGUUCUCCCCUGACCCGUCAGGAAAACUGGUGCGUCCCCGGUUCACCCAGCCGGCUAAAAUGAGAAAGCGGGUGAUAGCUCGGCCAGUGGGCAGCUCAGUGCGCCUAAAGUGCACUGCUAGUGGGAACCCUAGACCUGAUAUUGUGUGGCUAAAAGACAGCAGACCACUCACACCCGAGGAGGUUGGUGAGAGCCGCAAGAAGAAAUGGACGCUCAGCCUGAAAAACCUUACACCGGAGCACAGCGGCAAAUACACUUGCCACGUAUCCAAUCGCGCCGGAGAAAUCAACGCCACCUACAAAGUGGAAGUUAUCCAGCGCACCAACUCUAAGCCCAUCCUGACCGGCACACAUCCUGUAAACACAACAGUAGACUACGGUGGCACCACAUCCUUCCAGUGCAAAGUACGCAGCGAUGUCAAACCCGUUAUCCAGUGGUUGAAGAGAGUGGAGCCUGGCGAUGAGAACAAGUACAAUUCAACCAUUGAGGUUGGAGAGCACCGCUUCGUAGUGCUGCCCACCGGGGAGGUGUGGUCACGGCCCGACGGCUCCUACCUCAACAAGCUGCUCAUUACCCGUGCCAAGGAAGAAGACGCAGGCAUGUACAUCUGCCUGGGUGCCAACACUAUGGGCUACAGCUUCCGCAGUGCUUUCCUCACCGUUCUGCCUGACACCAAGCGCCUCUUUCCUCAUGCCCCUGUCGUCCCAUCUCCUGGGCUUCCUUGGCCCGUCAUCAUUGGCAUUCCUGCUGGCGUAGUCUUCAUCCUAGGCACGAUCCUCCUGUGGUUCUGCCAAUCGAAAAAGCACUGUUCCUCAGGAGCCAUCGUCUCCGCCCAGGCCAACGGCCAUCGGCAGCCUCCUCGAGAGCGCCCGAUGCCCGGAGCUGAUAAGGACUGCAUGGGCUCUUUAAGCUACGAGGAGUACAUGAGUCAACAGCAACAACAACAGCUUCUUCUUGGCCCCAAGAUCUACCCAAAGAUCUUAACAGACAUCCACACGCACACACAUUCACACGUGGACGGAAAGGUGCACCAACACCAGCACAUCCACUACCAAUGUUAGCCUCCUGAUUUCCCACAGGGUUCCUGUUUAAGGUCUGAGCUUCCUGUUCUUUCCUCAAUACUGACCUCAACAGUUGCAGUUGCUCUUUGCUUUGUUUGGAUUUGUGGAAAUUCAACCAACUUUAAGCAAAAGCAAACACUCGGGCCAAGCUGCACCACUACUCCAAAGACGUAAGCCAGGUUGCUUCAUAUAAAACUGCUUUCUUUUACGGGAUUUAGGAGUUUACUUCCCCAAGUUAACCAUGAGAUAUGGCUAAGGAAUAAACGAGACAAUGACACAAAAUGAGCCUCAAUUGAAAAUAGACAAGAUGCAAUUGUUUCAUACAAAACUAAACACACUUUCAGGUCAGUUCUGGAACAUGUACAUGGUAAAUGGGAAAAAAGUGAAUGUACUGUCUCUUUUACAACUCAUUAUGAACAAUGAGCUUGGUCUUUCCAGCCUUGUGAUCCACCUCCUCUUUGAUCACUCAGCUUUAAUACUUUUUCACAGACCGACUGGAUAUGGCCAAAAGGAAUGUUUCGCAUUAGCACCAAAUUACAUUAAAAAUAUUUUUGUUGCUGCAACCUCAACCGGAUUAUCAUUUCAUGUCAGUUUUUUUGUUGUUGUUUUUUAAUCCGCAUAUGCCAAAUUUGGAUUUUUAGACACUAAUAAGCCCUUUACUUCUAACCUGACUGCAUGAGAGUCUGUAUGUACAUGUUUUUGCUGAUUUUGUGAGGUUUCACAUAUCAGAUGGGCUUUCAUUUUUGGUACAGUACAUGAAUGUUUCAAUAUAUCAGUCUUUUGCAAAUGUAGUUAUUUUUAAGUGUAUCUUCACUUAAUGGAUAAAAAACAACACAAGUGCCUGUUUUUGUUGUUGUUGUUGUUUUAUCAGAACUUAGCAAUAUCUGUUAUAAAGUUCAGGUACGGGAUAUCGAUACAAAUUCCUUCGUCUCAGGUGGCCCUUUUGAUUGAACUAGUUUGCCUUUUGGACAUAUUUUUAUUAGCUUGACCACUAUAUGAAAACUGUGUAAAAUGCCUUUGACUGCUCAAGUAAUGGCAGCCCAAUGUCUAUUUUUAUUUGUUUGGGGUUUUCUGUGCUAGGGCUUUAAAAAUCAGACUUAAUCCCAAUCCAUCGUCUCUGUUUUAUCUGUAAUUACCCAACUGUAGGAGUGCAGACCACACUGCCAAAUUUUGAAUCUAUAUUAUAUUAACGCACUUAUUCCACAGUUUCAAUUGUAGUGGUAAGAACAUUUAGGGUGGCAUUAUGUUAGGAAUUACUCAAAAUCACUCUAAAAGUUAACAGAUUGAUUUAAUUUAUUUGCUAGCAUUAUUUCUGUGAUGAAAUUGGGCAUUACAUAAAUGUUUUGAACCAAAUGAAACGAUAGAUAAUGAUUUUAUUUUUAUUUUUAUUUUUUUUAUAGCUGCAAUGUAAGCUAUGUAGCAUAUUAUUAAGUGUAAAAUAUUUAUAUGUGCAGUUUAAAAAAGUUAGUAAUUAGUUAUCUAUGUAUGGACAAUCUUGUACAGUCAGGCCUCUUUUUAUGUGGUAAAAAACUUUAUG